AUGGAGCUCCGUAAACGGAAUGCCCGAGCUCCGUUGUCCAUCUUCGUCGCCAUUCCGUUAUUCCUCCUUCAGCUUGGGGCCAUCACGGCCCAAAUUAAUCACGGCGAGUAUUCCACUUCCACACAACCCUCCGUGAACUCUCCAUCAACGGCGGCGAGUACUCGAUUGUUAACCGAAAAACAACUCACGUUGGGGUUCAGAUGGGGGAGAAGAUGGCGUCGUAACAAAGUAAACAGAGCGAGCAGAGAAUUUCUAUUCGCACACAACAUCGUUCGAGCGCGCGUGGGAGAGCCGCCGUUGGAAUGGGACGGGAGGCUAGCGGCGUACGCGCGCAUGUGGGCGAAACAGCGCGUGGGAGAUUGUAGGCUUGUUCACUCUAACGGUCCUUUCGGAGAAAACAUAUUUUGGGCCGCACAGAAUAACUGGAAGCCCAGAGACGUUGUUAAAGUAUGGGCCGAUGAGGAUAAGUUCUAUAACGGGCGAUCUAACUCGUGCGAGCCUGGGCAAAUGUGUGGACAUUACACGCAGAUCGUGUGGAGAGAUAGCACGAAAGUUGGGUGCGCAAGUGUGGAUUGCUCAAACGGCGGCGUUUAUGCGAUUUGUGUUUAUAACCCACCGGGAAAUUACGAUGGUGAAAACCCCUUUGGAAGUUAUGACGUCCAGGUCCAGCUUGGUCUUUUACGGGAAGAUCCACCGGCGGCGGUCGUUAAUCCGUUUUAA